AAAGUUGCCUCAGAGAAGUGAAAAGACAUGACAAAGGGUACUUGAGGAUAGCAAAAGGGUUUGACAGCGGUGACAGCGUCAGGAUAAAGCCACGCAGAGCCGAGACGAGCUGCUGCGACUGCGCGGCGCGGCGCGAAGACCCCGGGGUUUACGCUGACAGCGUCUUGGCGACUUUACACACACACACCCCCCCCCUCCCCUACCAACACGCAUCGCUCGACUCCACGUGGGUAAAAGCCAGGGUUCAUGUGUGACAUAUACAGCCUGGAUUCACAGUGCGUGUCUCCACAAUGCAACAUGAGCUGGACGAUGGAGCCCGCUAACUUCUACGAGAGCAACAAGCUGGGCGGCCUGCAGGGCAUCUGCAAGGUGGCCAGGGGCGAUGGCACCGUCGGCGAGGACAGCAGCAGCAGCGGCAGCAUGGUGGAGCUGAGCACGGCCCUGGCCAUGUACGAGGACGAGAGUGCCAUCGACUUCAGCCAGUACAUCGAGUCCAUGACGGCCGUGCCCAACCUGGAGCUGUGCAACGACGAGCUCUUCCUCGACCUGUUCAACACUGUGAAGCAAGAGAAGGCGGACUUCUACAGCCACGGCGCGCCCAACGCCACGUCCGGCGCCGCGGGCCAGCUGUCGGGCGGCUCGCCCUACGCGGCGGAGGGACACCGGGGCUACGGGAGGAAGGGCGACGGCGCGGUGUUCACCGCGGCCAUCAAGCAGGAGUCGGACUGGAGCGACAGCGACGUGUCGUCCUCCCUGCCCUCGCAGAUCGAGACCUGCGCCCAGACGGCCGUCAGCCUGCCCACGGGACAGCCCACCCCUCCCACCACCCCGGAGCCCCUGUCCGCCGACAGCUCCGCCAGCUCCUCCCCGCGGAAGAUGGGCAGGGAGAGGGGGAAGAAGUCCGUGGACAGGUUCAGCCACGAGUACCGGCAGAGGCGCGAGAGGAAUAACAUUGCCGUGAGGAAGAGCAGGGACAAGGCGAAGCAGCGCAACUUGGAGAUGCAGCAGAAGAUGAUCGAGCUGGGCGCCGAGAACGACAGGCUGCACAAAACCAUCGAUCAGCUGACCAGGGAGCUGACUGGUCUGCGGGACUACUUCAAGCAGCAGCUGCCCGGCUCCUUCGAGGGCUCCGCGAGCGCAGAGCGACGGUGACAGAGCCAGUCCCCCACUGUCACCUCCAUUCAAACCCAGUUUUUGGAAGACAUACCUCAGCCCAGACAUUUGGUCUUACCAUCUGUAACAGAUGUAUAUUAAGCUUACCAUAAUGGCACUGGAAAUAUUUGAUGUUGCUGCCAUUUUCGUUUUGUUUUGUGGGGGGGGAGGGAGGGGAGGGGGGUGCGUGUUUUUUCUAUAUUAAAUUAUUUUACAUCAUACGUUGUUAUACCGGACAUGGUACAUGUUUUAUAAUUCCAAACUUUGUAUAAGAGCCAGAGCAUGAUCUUUUAUAUAGUUUGUAUGAAACCUUGAAAACAUUUGUUUAUGGAAUCUAUAAUAAAACUGCUGAAAAGUUA